AUGGAAGCAGCCGAAUUAGCUAACUUGAGAAUUCAACAAAGUUAUACAAAAGAAAAAAAGAUUGGUGAAGGUACUUAUGCAAGUGUUUACGAAGGACAUGAAAAGAAAACGGGUAGAAAAGUGGCUAUUAAGAAAAUCAAAGCAGGUCAAUUUAAAGAUGGAUUAGAUAUGUCAGCAAUAAGAGAAGUUAAAUUUUUACAAGAAUUAAGUCAUCCAAAUGUGAUCGGAUUAUUAGAUGUCUUUUCAUCAAAAUCAAAUCUUAAUUUAGUAUUAGAAUUCUUAGAUACCGAUUUAGAAGCAGUCAUCAAAGAUCGUAGUUUAGUUUUUCAAGCAUCAGAUAUCAAAAGUUGGAUGUAUAUGACCAUCAAAGGUCUUGAUUUUUGUCAUCAGAAUUGGAUUUUACAUCGUGAUAUGAAACCCAACAAUCUUUUGAUCGCAUCUGAUGGUACACUUAAAAUUGCUGAUUUCGGAUUAGCUCGUGAGUAUGCUGAUCCAGGAACAAGAAUGACGUGUCAAGUAGUAACAAGAUGGUAUAGACCACCCGAAUUGCUUUAUGGUGCACGUGCUUAUUCUGCAGGAGUUGAUAUUUGGGCAGCAGGUUGUAUCUUUGCCGAAUUAAUGUUGAGGACUCCUUAUUUAGUUGGUGAAAGUGAUUUCGAUCAAUUAAAUACAAUCUUUAAAGCACUUGGGACUCCAACUGAACAGGAAUGGCCAGGUCAUAAACGUUUAGCAGAUUAUCUUGAAUUUCCUCGUCAACCGAAACAACCGUUAGAAUUACUUUUUAGUGCAGCAGGAGAUGACGCAAUCCAAUUUUUGGAAAAAUGUCUAACCUAUGAUCCACGUAAACGAAUCACCUCACGUCAAGCUCUUAAACAUGAUUAUUUUUUAUCUAAACCUUAUCCAACUGAACCAAGUAGAUUACCAAAACCAAAAGGAGCACUUGUUCCUCGUCCAAUUGCGCCACAAGAUAAUACCACUGGAAUGACAGCUAAGAAAAGGAAAGGUGCGAAUGUGGGAGCUGGUGAACCUAUGGUACUUGAUGAUGAUGAUCGAACGAGAAAAUUAGCAAGACGUUUAGAUUUUGGUUGA